AUGAGACAACAUGCUUUAGAUCAACAGAAACUACUCAAUCUGGAAGAAUCUUUCUUCAGUCAUCGAUCUCGCCGCAAAUUACUCCAGUGAGUUGUCUCUCUGCUUAUUGUUCUCAGAACGUGUCAAGUUGAUGAGUCUAGAGGAAGGUGUAUGAAACCUAAAUAUAAAUGUAUUCUCUUGAAGUAGAAUCAGACAAAAUUGGUCUCAUGUCAAAUAUUAUCUGGUGCCGAGUCAAUCAGAGAAAUUUUAAACUCUUCCAAAGCCAGAAAGUUUGGUCAGUAAGUCAACAAGCCUGCCCAACAAGGGGGCGGGCCAGACACAUCAGCAGGUGUAGACAGAAGCAGGGGAAGGCCUUUGGUAAAUAUCUCCUAAGGUGGCGAUGGGGACAAAUCUGGGCCGCUUAUUCCUGACCAGUUCAGAUAGCUGCGCCUGGUGGGCCAUUCGUAGGCGCAGCACCACGGAAGCUAGGCCCCGAUUCUCUGCCCCUCGGUGGCGCUGGAGCGGUGUCCCGGGGGGCCAGACUCGGGGGACCAAUGCCAUUCGCCGUUUCAGGGCUCAUCUUCCCGAGUACAUCCUUGACUUUGGCUACAUUAUUCUCGGUAACGUCCGCAGCCAGAGCGUCAAAAUCACCAACACCAGCAGCUUGCCCGUGUCUUUCCACAUAGAAAAGAGUGCGCUUCAGGACUCAGGCUUCAGCGUACAGCUCGACCGCGUGAGGAAUCUGCCCUAUUGUGAAAUGGAGACCUUCGAGGUGAAGUGUGACCCUCAAGCGGCCAACGCGUCUGUGGGCAAUAAGGAAGUGAUCCUGCCUAUCAAGGUGGUAGGAGGGCCGACCCUGCACAUCAGCAUCCGAGCCAAGGUGACCAUCCCGGCUCUCACCUUAUCCCACGACAAGCUGGAGUUCGGCACCAUCCAGUGCGGGCAGUGCCAGGUGGCCACGUUCCAGCUGUACAACGAGCUGUCCGUCCCCUGCGAGUGGUCUAUCUCCAACCUUAAGCAGACCUCCAAGCUGGACAAGCGAAUGCCAAAAUACUUGCGGAAGAAGCUCCAGGCAGAAUUAAAGCCGAAGCUCCAAGCCUUUGAUGUCAUGCCCAUGUCUGGAAUCCUGGAGCCUGGAGAGCGCACCAAUGUGCAGAUCAAAUUUAUGCCGUCAGAAGAGAAACUCUACACCCAGAACCUAAUCAUCAACAUUGCCCACAGCUCCCAGAAGCUGCCUUUCCUCGUCCAAGGCAAUGGCCUGGAGCCCCGCCUGGAAUUUAGUCCCUCCGUUCUGGAGUUGGGGCCUCUGCUGCCUUUUGCUAGUGGCGAUGAGGCGGAGGUCAUCGUGAAGAAUCAUUGCAAUUUUCCCAUCGAGUUUUACUCUCUGGAAUUUGAUCAGGAAUAUCUUUUUGAAGAGAAGAUCCUCCGAAACCUCAAAGGUUAUGACGCCUCCAACACUCUGCUCCUGCCGCCCCGUGGCCCUGGGGAAAAGCUGCCCCCCGAGAUAACGGACUACUACAAGGAGCUCAUGCGGCUGCGGGAAGAGCAGAAGAGCAAGCCCACUGAGUACCCAGGCCAAGAAAAUGCUGAGGAAGAAGAUUCCCACAGCACAGAGCCAAUAACCUCACCAAGCGUAAGGCGGACCUCUCUUAGUAGAGGAGUCUCUGUUACAUCCAACUUCGAGGAGCGGCACUUACGAGCAAUCGAGUCUCGAAAUAUCCAAGGUGAAGAAGAGGAAGAGGACAACUUGGACCGAUUUUUCUCCCAUGGAGCUGAAAAGCCCCAGAGUGCCAGUGAGACCCGCUCUAUGGAGGAAGUUGGAGAAAUCGAUAACAACCCGGUGAACAGGUGCAUCGCUCGCUACCUGGGCAUUUCUACUUCUCCUGACAGCCACAUAGCCAAGCACCGGAGGGGGAUUGCCAUCAUAGUCCACGGCUCGCCACUGUCAGGUAAGACUGCUGCCUGCAAUAGCCUCGCCAAAUACUACAACGCCGCCUACCUGACACUCGAUUCCAUCGUGUUGGAUGCUCUGUCAGAUUCAAACAGCAUUCCUGGGCUCCGAGCCCGGGAGCUCUGCAUGAGGGCGACCACCGAGCAGAGCAUCCGAGAUGUGGAGGAGUCGGUGAAGGAAGCUGCCAUGGUUACAGAGAGUUCACUGGCACAAACAUCCAUAGGAUUGUCAAGAGUAAGCACUGAGAAUUUGGCCAAGCAUAUCUCAGAAGCAACUCUAGCCUCCCCCGAAAACCGGACGGCCCCCUCCAAGGCCGUUCGGGGCAGCGUAAUUAACACCAAGACCAAGUCAGACAGCCAUGGCUCUGGGUCCCAAAAACAACAUCAUCAGUUGCACCAGUCGGAAACAUCGGGAUCGCAGAUUCCAUCCAGCCCUCUCACCUACACCCCUAUUCACCUCCGGCUCGUGGGCAGCUCCAGCGAAGGAGACAUGGGCUUGUUCAGCUGCGUGCUUCCUGAUGACUUACUGGUGCAAAUCAUAGAGGAGAGAAUCCAGCUCAGCGACUGCUAUCGAGGAGUGGUCUUUGAUGGAAUAGAGACGGUCUUCGCCAGGAGUCCGGCCUGUGCCCUCCAGUGCCUGCUCAGAGCCAUCAACAACCGGGAGCACAUCUACUUUAUCAACGUGGCUCAGGAUUACAAUGUCAUGAAGGCCCGGGAGAAAGCCAAAAUGGAAAAGCUAGAGCAGGAACAGCAGGAAAUGAUUGCAAAAGAGAAGGCUCGUCUGCAAAAGAUGGAUGAGGAGGAGUACGAUGCCCUAACGGAGGAAGAGAAAUUGAUGUUUGACAUGGAAAUUCUGCAGGCUAUUCGCGAACGGAAAAAAAGGAAACAAGAGAAAUUAGCUCGGGAACUUCAGGAAAAGAGAAUACAGCAGGAACUUGAACGGCAACGUGAGGAGGAAGAGAUGAAAAAGAAAAAUAAAAGAAAGCGAGAACUCACCAAAGAUGAACUUACGACAAAGAAGGGUCUUGGGCAGCGACAGGCCUCUCAGAUCCAGGUAGGCAUCAGUCUCAAUGCCAAAGCAGAUGUCAGGUCAGAUAUAAUACUAGAGAGGAAGGGAUCAAUGAAGGAUCAACUAUCUGGUGACGACAAAAAGGACGAGAAAAGGAAAAGGAGCAAACAGCAGCUGGGGGAAACGCUUCCCUCACAGACCACUGCAGACCAACUGGAAAGUGAAAGGGAUUUAUUGAGGGAUGCUGAGAAACAGCUGACCCAGAAGUUCAAGGCCUACGAGAUGAACCUGAAGGAAAUCCAGCAAAUCUUGAUGUCCUGGGACCGCAAGCAGGGCAUCUGGAUACCCCACAUUGGGACCGAAGAUACCCAGCAUGAGCCCGAAGAGCAAAGGCAGGCUCCUUCUGGACGAAAGGGCCGGAAGGACCGGGAGAGGGAACGGCAAGAGAGACUGGAGAAGGAGCGGGCGGAAAAGGAGCGCCUGGAGAAGGAAAAGGCCGAGAAGGAGCGCCUCGAGAAGCUCAAGGCCAUGGAGGAGAAGAGCGAUGGGGAGGUGGAAGAAGAAGACCAUGAAGGGAAAAAGGACUUUGGGGUACCCUGCUUGGACUUCCAGCCAGUGGUCUCCGAGGAGUUCAACUGGAGGCAUAUCAUGGAGACGGAAAAGUUGCCGAGCGUGGAACAGAUGACAGAGAUCCUGGAAGCUGGGGUCACAGAGUUGCCCAUCCCUCCUCCCGCCUUAUUCUCGAUGAUCCCGUUCCCACCGAAACGAGUGCCAGUGGUCAUGUCAGACAUCCUUAAACAUUUCACUUUUGUCGUCCCGGCCUCCGAAGACGCAGCCACUUCGGAUGACAAGAAGGAGACAGAGAGUGAAGCUGACGCUUCUACCAGCACCCCCACAGCGAAGACGCAAGAAGAGCAGCAGAUCAUAACAAGUAAAGGUCGCUCGAGACUGAAAGAUAAAAGCGAAACACUCCGAGAAUCCACCAAGGAAAAGCGCACACGGGCAGGGACUAGCAGGAAGAUGCCUCAGGUUCUGCCCGUGCCAUCCAUCACUCCCCUGACAGGCUUGGACCAGAGCACCUUCACAACCCGGCAGGUGCAGGAGAAAAUCACGAGGUUGAACAAUUUCCGUUGGAUCAUCCCGGCCCUUGGAGAAGUGGUGCUCCGUGUACACUUCGCCUCCAAUGAGACUGGGAUCUUUGACCAGACCUUCAACUUUGAGGUCCUUGGAACUCGCCGCCAGUAUCAACUCUACUGCCGGGGAAUUUGCACGUACCCUUCCAUCUCCCGAGAAAUCAGGGUGGUGUUCCCUCAUUGGAAAAAGGAAGCAAAACCUGAAGAGAUUAUCUGUAAGAAAUAUAUAAUGAAUCAGGAGAUGUUCCACUUCGGGCCAUUGCUCUGUGGGAAAUCCAGAGACAAGUACAAGGCAGUCCAGUUCCCAGACAACAUGGAGAAGCUAACCAUCCUGAACAACUCCCCACUGCCGGCAGAGGUGACCUUCUUUUUCCAGAACGAUGUCAAAGCCAACACCUACAUCUUGGACCCUCCCAUGAUGAACCUAAAACCCAACGAAAAGGAGAUCCUGUCCGUGUGGGCGUACCCAACCUCGGUGGGCGUCUUUGAUGACUCCAUUGUCUGCUGCAUCAAGGAGAACCCAGAGCCCGCCAUCUUCAGAAUCACUUGCCAGGGCAUCCGGCCGGAGCUGGAGCUGGACCACAAGCAGCUGCACUUCGAGAAGCUGCUGCUCCACAGGAGAGAUACCAAGGUGAUUUUCAUGCGGAACGUCACGGCGCUGCCCGUGGCCUGGAGGGUCGGCAGUCUGGAGCACCUCGGGGAGGACUUCAGCAUCUCCAAAGUGCAGGGGAUCAUCCAGCCUGGCAACGAGUACAGCCUGCAGAUCCACUUCCAGCCCACCAAGGCCGUCAACAUCAAGAAGGCCAUCCGGCUAGAGGUUUUAGAUGCCGAGUAUCUCAUUGGAGUUGUUCAGAUUGAAAACAUCCAGAUCUUUGCGGAAUCAUAUGACAUUGCGUUGGACAUCACUUUCCCCAAAGCCGGGAAUGAAGGCGCCUUAGAUUUUGGUGUGGUUCGAGUGAUGGAAGAAGUCAAACAGUUGCUGUCGCUGAAGAACAAAGGAAAAUAUGAAAUUGCGUUCAGCUUCUCCCUGGAGUCCCUGGCACCUCACCAACCCAAUGUGCACUCCAUCCUGUCUACCCAGCCCAAGAAAGGGUCACUGACCACAGCUGAUCGGCCCACCAAUGUCCAAGUGAUCUUCCGUUCAAAAAAAGAAGUGAAAAUUGAGAACAAGCCCAUCCUACGCUGUCAGAUUAUUGAACCCAAUGGCUUGGAAGGAAGUGAGGUCAUUGCCAGCAUUCCAAUUAAGUUCUCAGUGAACGUGGUAUUCUCCAGAUACGCCAUCAGCCCUUCGUCGGUCAUCAACUUUGGGGCCAUGAUUUGUGGUAGCCGUAAAACUUCGACCUUCUCCAUUGAAAACCAAGGUGUCCUGGACUUCAAGUUCAGCAUCAGCAGGCUGAUCAGGGAUAACACUUUCAUUCAUACACGGAAAAUAGGAAUGACCCAUAAUGCUAAGUAUGCACGAUCCAAGGAAAACGUCAGUUUUUUCAGAUUUUCGGCCACUAAAGGACUCAAAGGCAAUGACGCGAUGCAAAAAGACCUUCCAAGCACAGGGAACCAAGCUCGCUUCACCCUCAACAUGUUCAGCAUCUACCCCGGAUUUGGAACCAUCCCUCCCGGGGGGCAACAGGUGAUCACGGUGGAUUGCUUUGCCGACCCAGUGGGGCGAUGUGAGGAGUUCCUGGCCAUCGAGAUCUCCGACCGAGAUCCAAAAGACCAGCCCGGUGGCAUUCCAUAUACAUUGAUUGCUGAAGCCUGUUUUCCAGCUUUCGUGAUAGAUGACAUGGCCUCCAUCUUCGAGGAGCACCUGAUAUGUAACAAUACUAACCUGUACCAGGCUCUGCAAACCACAGAAAGUGGAGGAGUGUUUUUGGAGGACGAGAAUAAAUUUAUAUUCUACAACGUGCUGGUGGGACACCAAGCCAAAGCCCGAUUCAAGCUCAGCAACACAGGAAAGAUUCCCUGUGACAUCAGUGUCUCUGUCAAGCCUGUUUCCAACAAGGUGGUGAAUCGGAUCACUGACAUCUUCGAAGUGGAACCCACCAAGCUGAGCAUUCCAAGCCGCUCCCAGGCCUUUGCCACCGUCACCUUCACUCCUCCGACAAUGCAGAGCUACCAGUGUCUCUUUGAAGCCUCCUUGGAUGGCUUGCCCAAUUUCCUCUCCAAGAACCGAAGCCUCUCCUUUGAUAUCUCUGGAGAAGGGAACCUACCCCGAGUGACGGUCGUCCGGCCCAUUCUCUGCAACAAUAAAGGAAACCCUCUCUUAUUGUUUAAGAGGCUCCUGGUGGGCAAUACAGAGAAGCUUCCUCUCAUCCUGAAGAACAAUGGAACUAUUCCUGCUCAGGAAUGACCAGCAGGAUGAAUACAGAGAGGCUUGGAGAGACCUACACGGACUGAUGCUAAGUGAGAUGAGCAGAACCAGGAGAUCAUUAUACACUUCGACAACGAUAUUGUAUGAGGAUGUAUUCUGAUGGAAGUGGAUUUCUCUGACAAAGAGACUUAACUGAGUUUCAUUGGAUAAAUGAUGGACAGAAACAGCUACACCCAAAGAAGGAACACUGGGAAAUGAAUGUGAACUAUUUGAUUUUUGAUUUUCUUCCUGAGUUAUUUUUACCUUCUGAAUCCAAUUCUCCCUGUGCAGCGGGAGAACUGUUCGGUUCUGCAAAUAUGUAUUGUAUCUAGGAUAUACUGCAACAUAUUUAACAUAUAUAGGACUGCUUGCCAUCUUGGGGGGGGGGAGGGAGGGAGGGGAAAAAACGAAACAUAAGUGAUUGCAAGGGAUAAUGCUGUGUAAAAAUUAUCCUGGCAUGGAUUCUGUCAAUACAAAGUUAUUAUUAAAUAAAAUUAAAUUUUCAAAAAAAAAAAAGAAAAGAUAGCAUCUGGGCCUGAAAGAUGGACAGAACAUUACAGACGAAGAAAUUGAGUCCCAGAAAGACGGAAUGCUACCUUCCUAGAACACAGUCUAUGGAAGCUAUUCAAUUAAUAACGCUUGACCGGUGAUUAUCUUUUUAAAAGCUGUUUUUAUAUUAACGAUUUCCCAAUUACAUGUAAAAAUUUUUAAGUUUUAAAUUAUUUUCUUUCCUCCUGCCCUUUCCCCCCUUCUUUGAGAAGGCAAGCAAUUUGAUUUUGAUUACACACAUGAGAUCAUGCAAAACAUUUCUAUAUUAACCAUGUUGGAAAAGAAACUACAGAACAAUAAAAAUAAAGGUUUUUAAACAUA